AUGUUUUCUAAAAAGCAAUCUGAUGGAUCGAGGCGGUUGCUCGAGAAAAAAAUGUACCUCGCUCGAGAACGUCCAGAUGAUAUAUUUGAUCUGUCUUCGUGUGAACUUAAAAUGAUUCCUGAAGGAACUUUUUCCCUUGUUAAAGUUUUACUAAAAACAAAAUUAUAUUUACAACAAAAUUCCUUACAAAAACUUGAUUCUGGUGGUAAACUAACAUAUCUUCAAAAUAUUGUACUGCUUGAUAUAAGUUCAAAUGAAUUUCAACAAUUACCUAAUAAUAUUUCUGAGUUGAAAUGUUUACAGGUUCUAAAUGCUUCAAAAAAUCUAUUAUCAACAUUACCAUCUACCAUCACAUCUCUUUCUCAACUUUUAUUUCUUAACAUUGAAGAUAAUCGUCUUACUGAAUUACCAUCAGAUUUUGGGAAAUUACAACAUAUUACUAAACUUUAUUUGAAAAAUAAUCCUUUGUCAUCUUUACCUAAACAAUUGUGCUAUUUGAAAGAUUUGAAAGAAUUAACUCUUUCCUGCGAUCAUAUACAAUAUCCUACUUCAGAUAUAUGUAAACUGGGACUGACAGCAAUAAUUGAUUAUUUAUCUCAAGAAGAAGGAAUGAAAUGUUGUAAUCUUGUUGUGAAUCAUGAAAAUGUGGCUAGUAAUUACACUUCCACAAAUAUAAAUAAUACUUUUAGUGAAAUGAAUGAACAAAAUAUGCAAAGUUUUUCCAACAAUACAGCAACACCAUCAUCAUCAUUAACCAAUUAUACUAAAAAACGAAACGAAGAAAAUCUUCUAGCCUUAGAAUUAGAACGUCAAUCAUUGGAAAGUCGUUGGACCGAACAAGAAUUAAAUGCUAAAUUGAAUCAAAAUAAACAAAUACUUGUACAAUUAGCAGAAGAAGAAGCACGUGUUUGUGCUGAAUUAUCUGCUAUACAAGAUAAACGAAAACAAGAACGUUCCGCAUUAAUUUCUAAUGUUGCACUAGCUGAACAGAAUGCUGCUGAUAUAAUCAAACAAAUACUGACAAUUAAUAAAUCAGCAAAGUUGAUAGAGAAGAUGGAAGAUGUGUUCAAUGCACAUCAGUUUAGUUCUACUGAUUAUACAGCUUUGUCACAAUCGAAACGAAAAGAAAUCCUAGCUUCAAUGCAAGAAAUGUUGUCAAUUACAGACAAUGCUUAUGCAGUUCAUACAAUGAAUUUGAAUUCAACUAAGCUUCACAGUCUUUCAAAUAAUAAAGAUUCCACUAAUGAAUAUGUUGAACAAGUUUUAGCGAAUAAACGUGCUGAUCAUACAAAAUUAACCUUCAAUCUUAUGCUAGAGGAAAGUGUUCAAAAAGAAGCUUUCGCUCAGUUACAACGUCAAAAAGAUGGUCAAGUUGCAAGAUUACAAAAAGAGAUAUGCUUAGUAGAAGAAGAACUUUGCCGGCUUACCUUAGCUGAACGAUCACGUGUUAAUCAGCGUACUGAGGUUAAUCAACGUGUUCUUGAUGAGUGUAGAUCUGAACUACUACAAUUGUUAACUCAAUUAAUAGAUGAACAACAAGAUCGUCAAAAGGAAUUACGAAAACGUUUGGAGGAAAUCGAACAACAAAAGAAAGACGAUCAAUUGGACUUUUGGUUAGUUCAAUAUCAACGUGUAUUAAAUUCAAAACCUGUCAAAUUACUUGAUAAGCCCGACUCAGAUGUUCAAAUAAUUCUUAGUAAUGCACAAUCUUUGGAAUUUCUGCCUAAUUUUCAACGACAUGCUAUUACCUAUUCAAUUAUGCAAACUAUGACAGAUAGUGAUCUUAAAGAAAUUGGUAUUCACACUCUUGGAGCACGUCGUGGGAUUUUGAGGCAGAUUGGUUUGUACAAAAUGAAAACAAAUGAUGAAGACAAGACGUUAAAUACGAUAGAAUCACUUCCAACACCGUAUGUAACACCAUCAGCUCCGGAGGCUACAUUAUCGAGUAUUGUUGUAUCUGACGAAGUUGUGGCUCGUAUGGAAAAUGAGUGUUGUAUAUGUCAAGACGCAAUAUGCUCAACGAUAUUCCUUCCAUGUGGUCAUGUCUGUUGUUGCAAGAAAUGUUCUGAAAAUGUUCUUGAUUGUCCAUUGUGUCGUUCCAACAUACACAAUCGAAUUCAAUUACAUUUUUGA